AUGUAUGGCGGGGGCGUGAGGUGCCGACAGAUGUGCAGAGUCUCUUCAGAGUGGUUUGUCCAGCCGCUCGCGGGGAACCAAUGGCUACUGUCCAAGCCUCUUUCUGGCUCAGAGCUUGAAGUUGCCAUCGAACACCGCAGCCUCAUGGAGUCUGCAACCAUGUGCGUGACCACCGCGAAGGACAUGACCAAGGCUGACCAGGAUCAGGCAGAAAAGGUCACGAUGGAGGAUCAGGUGCGACGACUUGAUGCCCGGCACCGAGAACAGGCGGAGAGGUUGCAGAUGCUUCAGCAGAUGGAGAAGCAGAAGAUGGUGGAGCUGUGUCAGCAGGCGGCUGAGACCCAGUGCGAGAUCUGGGAGGGUGAGAUCACUGACGAUGAAGACUGCAUUGGGCAGUACCGAACCCCAUCGUCCCCAACAUCCCCGCAGGCGAGUCACCUAAGAGAUUCCAUCGAUGACGCCGCAAGGGGGAUGAUGAUGCGCACUUCCUCGACUUUGGUAUCGCCUUCCUGCGUGUCCACAAGGCCGCCACAGACAGUAGUUCUGCUUCCUGCCCUGAUCCAUGGCUCCGAGCACUCCUAUUCCCAGUUGAACCAAGACUUCAUCCGCGGAAAGAUGUUUCACGCCACUUACUCGACGUCUGGGGGUUCCACUUUGGAGUGGAACAUGCAGUUCGAAAACACGAAGAUAGGCGAGACGCAGCAGGACUGCAGGCUUGGCGCAGGGGCUGCCCAGCAGGUCCGUCGGCACUCUUGCGGCAACUUGCGCAAGACUUCGACGCGGGCUACGCAUUCCGAUCAGUGGCAGGACGACACUGUGACGGUGAUGAUGAGGAAUAUCCCGCCACACCAUACGCAGCAGAAGCUUGUGGAGGAGUUGCAUCGUCGUGGCUUCGAGGGUUGCUUCGAUUUCCUCUACCUUCCCCACAAUUUCAAGCUGAACAUCAACGUUGGCUAUGCUUUUAUCAACUUCAUAGAGCCCAAGUACGCCUUGAAGUUCUACCGCGACCUGGACGGACAAUGCCUCACCAAGUACAUGAGGCAGAAGGGAAAGUUCAUCCGUGUGCACCCCGCGCAGCUCCAAGGAUACGAGGCCACCUAUGACCACUUCAUGCGCACCAAGAUUGCGCAGAAGCAGGACCCCGCCUUCUCGCCACUCUUUAGAUGA